AUGGCCACCGUAAAUGCGCCGCGGGCCUCGCUCACCACCGAAAAAGGACGUUCUUCUCCUCCAGUUUCGUCGGCUUCAUCGGCAGUCAGCUCUUCUACCUCUGCGGAGUCUCGUCCGGGCCAGAAUGGAAUCAUUGUGCCUAGCAUUGAGCAUCUAAACGUCAACGGGACUGCUGCGCCACACUCCGAUUUACAGAUCGCUGUUGCCGGUGCGGCUGUCGAGAAACCAUCCAUGACAAAGCGUCUCACUCGAAUGUUCUCUACGAAAGAAGCUAUGCGAUCGGAAACCAGUAUAAACUCUCAGUCUACGAACGGUACCUCUAGUCCCAAGAAACCAGAUACCACCACGCCUUCCAAUAAUUCUCCAAAGCCGAACCCGCCCUCCCGGAAAGCCUCUUCGACAGAAAAGACAUCUAAACCAGAGCCCAAGCCAACCAUGGCGAUACCAAAAGAUAAGAAGGGUGCGGCCGGCAUCUCUAGCCAGCGAUAUGUCACCAACCCUGAACUGCCUGGUGGGCACGAACAUCACCUCAAGAGCGCGAGGAGACAGGAGAAGCUAUCCGACAUGUUCCGCAACGUCAUAAGCGGCAGGCAGAGAAAUGCCGAGCAUCCACAUGAGGGAGAGCAACAAUUGUCACUCAUGUCUGGCUGGGUUGACCAGCUGAAGAGCGAGCGAGAAAGCUUGGCAUCGGAUAAAAAGGGUGGACCAAAUGCUACUGCAACGUUAGUGGAGAAGUAUGGAAAAUGUCAAGAGAUCGUUGGUCGUGGAGCCUUUGGUAUCGUCAGGAUAUCCCACAAACGGACCGAGGCAGCUGGAGAGCAGCUUUAUGCCGUCAAAGAAUUCCGUCGCAGACCCGAAGAGAACGAAAAGAAGUACAGCAAGAGGCUCACCUCGGAAUUCUGUAUAUCUUCGUCGUUGCGACACCCCAAUGUCAUCCAUACACUCGAUCUCCUGCAAGACUCGAAAGGCGACUACUGUGAAGUCAUGGAGUUCUGCGCAGGUGGGGAUUUGUACACACUUGUGCUCGCAGCCGGAAAGCUCGAAGUUGCUGAAGCAGACUGCUACUUCAAACAGAUGAUGCGUGGUGUCGAAUACAUGCACGAGAUGGGUGUUGCUCAUAGAGAUCUAAAACCCGAGAAUCUCCUUCUCACAACUCAUGGCUCACUCAAAAUCACUGAUUUUGGGAAUGGCGAGUGUUUCCGUAUGGCUUGGGAAGCAGAUGCUCAUAUGGUCUCCGGACUCUGUGGCUCUGCUCCAUAUAUUGCUCCUGAAGAAUAUAUCGACAAAGAGUUUGAUGCCAGAGCUGUUGAUGUUUGGGCCACCGGUGUCAUCUACAUGGCUAUGCGUACUGGGCGGCAUCUUUGGAGAGUAGCAAAGAAGGAAGAAGAUGAGUUUUAUGAAAGAUAUCUGCAAGGAAGGAGAGACGAGGAAGGUUAUGGUCCUAUUGAGUCAUUGCAUCGGGCUCGUUGCCGGAAUGUGAUCUAUUCUAUCUUGGAUCCAAACCCAGGGCGUCGUAUCACUGCAUCCCAAGUGCUAAAAUCAGAGUGGGGUCGUGAGAUAAAACUGUGCAAAGCCGGCGAAGAGGGUCUUUAA